UGCCGAGCGCUGGCGAUUGGAGUCACCCGACCUUGUUCUAAGGCUGGGUACCAAGCUCCCAUCGCUGUCUACACUGAGAGCAUUCCCAAAUUCAAACCCAGAUACUUCUGCGAGGCAGAAGCACGGGAUGGAUUUUACUGGAAAAGGAAAGACCUCUGAAGGAAAAGGCCUGACUGGCUAUCCUCUUGCCAAGAGGUUUUCCCAUGCAAAUCCCUCUAUACUCCUUCCCUCCACGCCGUUGCCUCCCAUCCAGAAGAGCUCUCCUUCCACCAUGCCAAGUUAGACAUGCAGCGGAGAGCAGGAGAAUGGGGAAAAUGGCAGUGGCUGUGAUGAGUACAGGGUAAAAAUACAGGAGCUGAGUUCAGAGGGAAAAGGACAUAAGGCUUUCUUGCUGUAUUCCAUAGGUGGGGAUAUGAAGAAGGGGUCAUUGGGACUGCCUUUGAUCCCCCCUACACACAAGGCAGGAAGUCCCCCUGUUGACAGUGCUGCAGGGUCCCUGCCAAGCUCUCCAUAUCUGGAUUCCCAGGAGUCCCAGGAGAUGAGUACUUACAGCAGCAAGGUGUUCCGUGUUACCUUCCUGACUUUAGCUGUGUCUGUGGCUGUGCCACUGCUUGGAGUGACUGUUCUCCUGGAUUGUCCUAUAGACCCUCAGCCCAUAAGUUUGAAGGAGCCUCCCCUCCUGACGGGUGUUUUAGAGCCCAACACCAAAUUACGAAAAGCUGAACGGCUGUGGGAAAACCAGCUGGUUGGACCAGAGUCCAUUGUCAAUAUUGGGGAUGUUCUGUUUACUGGGACAGCUGAUGGGAAGAUUAUCAAAAUUGAAGAUGGGGAAAUACAAACAAUAGCCAGAAUUGGCCACGGUCCUUGUGGAGGCCAUGAAGAUGAGGCAACGUGUGGAAGACCACUUGGCAUGCGAGUGGGGCCGAAUAACACCCUGUUUGUGGCAGAUGCUUAUUAUGGACUCUAUGAAGUUGAUCCUGGUACAGGUGAAACAAAGACGCUUGUGUCAACCAAAACACCGAUAGAAGGCCAGAAGUUGUCAUUUGUAAAUGAUCUUACAGUGACCAGGGAUGGGAGGAAGAUCUACUUCACUGACUCCAGCAGUAAAUGGCAAAGACAAGACUACUUGUUCCUGGUUAUGGAAGGCACAGAUGAUGGGCGCCUCCUUGAAUAUGACACGGUGACAAAAGAAGUGAAAGUCUUAAUGGUGGGGCUGAGGUUUCCCAAUGGUGUGCAGCUCUCUCCUGCAGAAGACUUUGUCUUGGUGCAGGAGACAACCAUGGCUAGAAUAAGAAGGUAUUAUGUGUCUGGGCUGAUGAAAGGUGGAGCAGAUAUGUUUGUUGAGAAUAUGCCUGGUCUUCCAGACAAUAUCAGGUUAAGCAGCUCUGGAGGAUAUUGGGUAGCUAUGGCAGCUGUGCGACCCAAUCCUGGAUUUUCUUUGUUGGACUUCUUAUCUGAAAAAACAUGGAUUAAAAGGAUGAUAUUUAAGUUGCUGAGUCAGGAAACUGUGACAAAGUUUGUACCCAAAUAUAGCCUUGUUGUUGAACUCAGUGAGACAGGAUCCUACAAAAGAAGCUUCCAUGAUCCCAACGGAGUGACAGUAGCUUAUGUCAGCGAGGCACACGAGCACAACGGACACCUUUACCUGGGAUCCUUCUGCUCUCCCUAUAUUGGCAGACUUGAUCUCCAGCAUGUUUAACUGCCCACCCACGAUGGAGUCCCACUGUCCUGUACUACUCCAGAUGUGCAAAGGAAGCAUGUGCUUGAAGCAGUGUGUGACCAAGUGACAAAAAGAGUGACGAAAAGUGACAGUCAGUCUGUUAAGGUGCAGGAGCACUGUCUCCAUAGUAAGAGAUACAGUUUGAGUUAACUGUCCUCUGUCUUGGCUGACUGCUCAUGCUCUGGAGUUGGCCUGUAUUACUGUUCAUAUCUGAGGACUAUGGUGAGGCAUCUUCGCUCAGUUCUUUGUUCCUCCAAGGAAAUCCAUUGGUUUUCCUGUGCCCAGCCUUGUUUGGAAUCGUCUUGAACAGACACCAUCAUGUCGCCUUUAAUGCAACUGUAUGUCCUCUUACUCUGGAAGGAAUUGUGAUGGAUGGAAUUUAAUUGUGUGUGAUUUGGGUGGAAGAGGGUGGCUUGCAUGUGUUUAUUUCUGUUUUAGUGCCUCCUGUCCAGGAGCGAUUACAGUGCAUGUUCUAAUGUUAUACCAUGGUGCUGUGGUAGAGGCAGCAACAUCCAAGACAUGCCUAGGAAUCUAGUUAUGCCAUUGGGUUUCUUCAGUCCCAGCCUGUGUAAGUAAUAUCAGACAUUGCAAUUAACUGUUAAUCAACAUGCAGAAAAUCAAAUUGGAUCGUUA